AUGGAGAAAGCAGUGGUCCUUAUAACUGGGUGCUCUUCGGGCAUCGGCCUGGGACUGGCAGUGAGGCUCGCCUACGACUCCUCGGGGGCCUUUAAAGUGUAUGCCACAAUGAGGGACCUGUCCAAGAAAGAGCGUCUCCUGGAGUGUGUGCGAGGUGGCCAUGAAGACACCCUGAAGAUCCUGCAGAUGGACAUCACAGAUCAGAAGUCAAUUCUGUCAGUCAAGCAGAACAUUGAGGAAGAACGAGUCGAUAUUUUAGUGUGCAAUGCUGGUGUGGGGCUCUUGGGACCCCUGGAGAUCCUCACCCAAGACACAAUGCAACAGAUCCUUAAUGUCAACCUGUUUGGGACAAUCCGCACCAUCCAAGCCUUCCUGCCGGAAAUGAAGGCCCGUCGGUCGGGGAGGAUCAUAGUGACGGGCAGCUUGGGAGGCCUUCAGGGAUUCCCAUUCAAUGACGUCUACUGUGCCAGCAAGUUUGCUGUCGAAGGCCUCUGUGAGAGCUUGGCAAUCCAGCUUCACCACUUCAACAUUCACAUCAGCCUCAUUGAAUGUGGCCCAGUCAACACCAACUUUAUGGCAAACCAGCAGAAGACCAGCCCCAAAGAGAGCGAGCUGCAGAAGAUUGAUGCCAAAACCAAGGCCCUCUACCAGGCCUACAUCCGGCACUGCCAGAGAAUAUUCCAGGAUGACAUGCAGGACACUGAGAAUGUCGUUCAGGUAUUUCUGGAAGCCAUUGCUGCCGAGACCCCCGCCUUGCGCUACUACACCAACACCUCAAUGCCCUUCAACAAGCUCAAGCUGUCUUUCCAGGAUGGAUCCCAGUACAUCAAGGCUGCAAGCAAGUUUCUCUUCCAGGAUGAACAGCUGACAGACCUCUGAACACUCCAGUCACGGAGAGCCCACUCAAACCGAGAGAUUGCGGUUUCCGUCUUGGCAUUUAAUUAUGCUAACUCAAGAAAAAAAAAAAAAAAAACAUUCUAGUUAAAGAUGGCUGGGAAGUUGUUUGAGAACAUUUAAAUAAAAAAGUAAUAAGUUCAGGGCACUGAAAAAAAUGGAACAUGGCGCUACAGUUCCUUUUUGAAAGGCAUCUUGUAAGCCCAGGGUGAGCUCAUCUUGGCUUUGCUUGCUUGAAUUGUAACUUCCACCAUUCAGGUCCAUCUCCCAUUCUGCAUCUCUGCCACUGCUAGCAAGUGGGGAUGCAAGAGCGACGUCCUGGGGAACCAAUGUCAUCACCACCCCGUACUAUUUCCAUUAUAUCCAACUUCCUGGCCAUUUCCGUCCUACUAUCACUUUAUUUAUUUCUUUUUGUGUUGCCCCUUCUAAACUGCAUCAUAUUUUAUCAUUUUAGAUUUUAUCUUUAUAGGUGUAUCUUUUGUAUUCCGUGUUGACCUUGCAUGUUGCACCCACACCAUCAUGACAAAUUCCUAGUACGCAUUAGUGUACCCGGCCAAUAAAGUGAAUUCUGAUUCGGAUUGAACUAACUUCCGCUGCUGCAGAAAAGCUGUCAGCUGAUCACCCAUUACUUGCUCUUUGGAGUAAAAGAAAAAAAAACUUUCUGUACUAAUAAAAAUGACAUUAUUUUUCAGUUUUUGGUAACUUAACCUCCAACAGUUUAGCGCCUACCUUUGUCCCAUUUCAGAAUAUUCACUGGACUUAAAACUGCUUAAGUUUCACUAAAACGGGGGAGUGCUUUAAAACGCUGAUUGGAUGAUAACUGCUAGUAACUGAUUGUCCACUU